AUGUCUUCCAGAUCAGUUCUUCAAUGGCUAAGCCUUGUGGCGAUAGUGUGGCUUCAAGUUGUAAAUGGAACAAAUUUCAAUUUCCCUGCUUAUUCUAUCCAACUCAAGAAGCAACUCUCUAUAUCCCAGAUGCAACUCAUCCUGCUGGCCUUCGCCUUUGAUGCCGGAAAGAUCUUCGGUUUCUUACCCGGGUUAUUGGCUGAUCGUCUACCCCUCUGGUUAAUGCUCCUGAUUGGUUCUAUUCUUGGGUUUGUUGGCUAUGGAUUGUCGUUCCUCCUCUUAAAACUCCAUAUUUAUAUGUAUUGGGUUUUCUUUCUAUCCAUUUUAUUUGCAAGCCUCGGUAUCUCUUGGAUUAACACAGUCUGCAAUGUGGUUAUCAUAAGGAACUUUCCUUUUCAUCAUCAACAAGUUGUGGCGGGGAUAGCAAUUAGCUACCAAGGAUUAAGCGCAAAGAUCUAUACAGACUUUGUUCAUGCUAUUUUUUCCCCCGCGCCCGAUAAAAUAGCUGAAGCGUUUCUUUUUCUCAACUCUAUCUCGGCUAUAAUCUUCGGUGUCAUAGUUGCACCAAUUCUGAUUCCAAAAAUUGAAUUUGGACGACCAAGAUCAAUCAUGAGAAUUGGGUUCGCUGUUCUAUUUUUCAUAGCAAUAGGGACUGGAAUCUAUUCUUUAAUCAGCAGUUUAGUUCAAAUAUCACCUCUGGGUAAAAUUGUUGGCAUGGGAGUUUUCCUGUUGCUCCCUUUAGUAGUUCCAAUUUUAGAAUUGUCAGGAAAUCAUGUGGAUCGUAAUGAUACAGACACUAGACUUCAUUGUUUUGCUUCAGAAGAGAAUGGUGGUGUUAAUAGAAUAUUGGAGGAGGCCGUGAAAGAGGGAGAGCAAACAACUUCAAAGUCUGAGGAGAUGGGAGUGAAGAAGAUGGUACAAAGAUGCGAUUUCUAUUUGUAUUUUUUCAUGUACCUUUGUGGGCCAACGCUGGGACUGGUGUUUUUUAACAACUUGGCUCAAAUUGCUGAAUCCCGUGGCCACUCUGCAAGCGCUUUAGUCUCUUUGUCUUCUUCGUUCGGGUUCUUCGGCCGUCUCAUCCCAUCCUUUAUGGACUACUGCUUCUCACGGACUAAGUAUGAGAUGAUUUCAAGACCAACAUCUUUGGCAGCAGCAUCAAUGGCUCUGAUGGCAUUAGCUUUCUUCUUACUAAUUGUUCCCUCCAAUAUCACCAUCCUCUUAUACAUCAGCACUGCCAUCAUAGGAGUAUGUGCCGGAGCAAUUUCAUCUGUUGGUGUAUGUAUCACCGCAGACUUGUUCGGGAGGGAGCAAUUUUCUCGGAAUCAUAAUGUGGUGAUUGCCAAUAUUCCAGUGGGAUCCUUAACUUUUGGUUGCAUGGCAGCUUUCCUUUACCGCAGGGAAGGAAACGGAGAUGUUAUAUGCAUGGGAAUGAAAUGCUACAGAACGACGUUUGUUAUCUGGGGUUCUCUAUGUGCUUUUGGGACAUUACUAGCAUGUGGUCUCUAUGCUCGAACACGAGAGCUUUAUACGCAAAAGUUGCAGAAUAUGAGUACUUCCUAG